AUGUCACAAAAGCCAAAUGUACAAAUUGCUAAAUCUUCCCCCGAAAAAUCUUCCGUUCCAAGAGUUAAUAUGGUUAAAUCCCUAGCCAGGCCUCCACUAAUGGUGCAAGACAACGAUGAUGAAUUAUUAGAUUUGGUAGCGCGUACUGGUGGUGAUCUAGGUCAAAAAAGAGAAAUGACUGGGUCAACGGCAAGAAAACCCGUUGCCGAUAGUUACACAAAAGAAGAACUAAAAGUUCUAAAUCAAGAUGAUGAUCAACAGAGGCAUUUUAAGCUAAAAAGGAUAGAUGAUUCACCAUCGAGAUAUGGCAGCACUAAUAAUAAAUUAGAUACGUCAUUGGCAGCAUCAAAAUCCGUUACUUCCCCAGAAAAAACUAGUAGGAUACAUGGCCGCAGCAGGGUACAAUUUGCUGAUGAAAACAUUAGUGCAGUUAUAUCCCCAAAUAGAGGUCGUCAUUUCGAUUCGGAAAUUAACAAAACUGAUGACCCUAAUUUAAAAUUUCAAGAUCAAAGGCAAGCCUAUACGAAAUAUAUUUCAAAAGCUAAUUUUACUCCCGCUCCGCCAGAGGUGCAAGAUAAAGAUGCUGAGAAAACGAAUUCGCGAAUAACAAGCAAAGAUCGAAUUCGCUAUGACGAUACGUUGACGACAGUGACUUCUCCUAGUGUAGGCGGUGACACUACUCAAGUAUCACAACCCGAUAAAUCAACCCUCGAGAAUUAUGUAGCAUUACCGAAAGUGGCUGUUGAAGAAAUGCUUAAUCUCGUAGACAGAUAUUGGAAUGGUUCAAAAUCGCUCCAUCGCAAUAACAAAUUUCAAGGCCAUCUUGAAGCCAUGCUUUCAAAGUAUAUUAAAACUCCAGCAGCAGUAUUAGAGGAAAAUGAGCAAUUAAAAGCCAAACUUCACGAUUGUAUUGAUGAGUUAUCAUCAAUAAGAACUAAUUACCAAGACAAAGCUAACGAAAUUGAAUCCUACAGAAAUCGCUUGCAACAACAAGAUGAAAUUAAGCUAGUGCUCGAGAAGGCUAACAAGGAUCUAGAUCUUCUACGGUCUCGGUAUGAAAAAAUAAAAGAAGAGAACGCUUCAUUGAAAAGUCAAGUUGGUUCUGUUGAAUCUAUACAACAACUAGAGAUGAAAUAUCAAUCACGUUUAGAUGAAUUCGUGAAAGAGAAUCGUACUCUUAAACAAGAAUUAGAAUCAUUAAAAAGUGAAUCCUCGCAGGUUCAUGCCGUUAAUACCAAGAUUCAAGCACUAACUGGCAUGUUACAGGAAAGUCAUGGAGCAUUAGUCGCAACAAAUCGCCAUCUGUUGGAGCAGUUAGAAGAGACAAAAGAGAGACAUCAAACUGAAGUUGAACAGCUCCAUUGGAGUUAUAAUCAAUUAAAGAAGACAUUGUCAUUAUCUGACUUGAGUUCAUAA